UUCCCCCCAUUUCGUUCGCUCUCAUGAGGUUCGUUGAAGAGAUGUGGAGAGAAGGGCACGUGUGUGUGUGGCAGGACCGUGUGCCCGGUGGUUCGGGCAAUUCAAAUUUUGCACUACGUCAACCGAGCCAUCCCCAGUGUCGAACGGAAAAUGUUGGCGUUCACAACAACGACGGGGCCGCUACUGCGCUGCUACUGAGCGAUCGUCUUUAUUUUUCUUUCUAUUACGAACCGAUCGGGUUUUUGCUUUCUGCAUCACGUUAUUAUUUAUUUACGGUGUUGUUGUGUGUUUUCUUUGUGUUUCACUGCCGCCUUUGAAAGUUCCAGAGUACUGUGCGAAAUUUUACUUCCGGCCAAGCGUGCUUGCUACGAGUAAACAAACGAACUGUUCCUACUCCCUGCAUCUGAGUGUGAAUAGCAAAAGCAGUGUGACAGUGUAACGAACGAGCACACCCAUCUCACCAUGUCCAUGCAAGCACUGAACGGUCAACCGCCACAGCGGCGUUCCUCGCUGCUGAGCCGGUACCAACCGAAAGCAGGUUCGCAGGACCCGUUGACUAGCCCCGCCAUGGACACUCCGCCCAACAUCGUAAAGUCAACGAGUCAGCGAAGCCUGCAAAACUCAUCGCUACUACAGCGCUACACACCCAAACCACUCGGCAGCCACGGCGCUAGCGGAUCGACCCGGCCCGAGUCUGGCAGCUUCUACGAACCACCGAAAAAGUCCUCCAGCCAGCGUAGUCUCGAUCAGUCGAAACUGCUGCGCCGAUACUACCACCAACCGAACUCGCUGGACGAUCAGCCACAGGACUUUGAAACCUCGUCGCAGACGGGUGGACUUAGUGCACAACACGAACCACAGCGUUACAGUAGCCAGAAGAGUUUGGAAAACUCGAAGCUACUGCAGCGCUACAAUCCGAUCAACAACUCGCAAGAAUUUACAGGACUCUCCGGCAGAGAGAGCACUCCGGUGGCCAAGUUUUCUCGUGGAGCAAGUCUCGAGCCGGAGCGAGUGCAGCGAUCUUCGCUCCUGUCGAAAUAUACACCCCGGUUCGGUAAGUCAUUGGAUCGUAACCAAGCGCUGGAGGUUGGUCGUGGACCAGGAAGGUACAGUAGCCAGCAGAACCUGCGAAGUCCACCCGCACCCGCAGCCCAAAGACCGGUCUCGAUGUCCCAGAGCCUGGCCUCUUCGCAGAGCGAGUUUGCCGACUAUGGAACGGAUCACUUCGAUCAGUACCAAAACAUUCGUAGCCGUUCGUCGAGUCUUUCGCGUGGAGGUCCUAGGAGAGGCUUACAGCGAGGCUCCCAGAGGAUGCUAUCGACCGAAUCGGAACCGGACCCGAUUACACCCGAAACACUGCCCAUGGUAACGGCAGUAACUGAGCCGGUGGUUGGAAACAUUGCAUCAGCUUUACCAUUACCCAUGGUAGGAAUUAUUCCACCAACUCCAGCUUCGGCAGAAGUUGGUAAGCAACCCAACUUUGAGACACAGCAACUGCAGGUUCCAUCAGGUAGGGCGGACAAUCUACUCUCUCCCACGGUGACUCCCUCUGUUGGAGCAUCCACUUCAGCAUCACAACAACCGUCACCGACACCCCCGGUGAAGCCAGUGCGCAAAGAUCUGCAGCAAAUGGCGGCAGCCGCGGCCGUACUACCACCGGCAAACAUCGUGAGUAUAGCCAUUCCCACCAUCACGAAGACACUCGCCGCACCAUCCGUCAAGCAAUCCGUAUCAUCAUCGAAAGAACCAUCACCGCCAUUGUUCAGCACCCGAGAUCGCAUGGAUCAUUACGGAAGCGCUUCGAAUCCCGACCCUCCAUCGCACGAUCAUGCACGCUCACCGCCGACGAAGACCCCGACAAACAGCUGGACACAAUCGCCCAAGGGCACGUUGACGCUAGCAAAGACGGCAACCUUACAGCUCCCGCUCAGCGACAUGAGCAGUCGUCGCAGCAUGACCGAUCUGCAGCAUCUUGGUGGCCGUGGUUCCACCGGCAAUCUGUCGAACGAGCUGGAGAUUUCGGAGUUCACCGAUCGGGCCGAGAUGAAGCAAUUGGCCGCGCAGCACCAUCACCCAGUGAAGCAUACGCUUGCAAGUGCAUUUGAACAGGUGGCCGCCCUAACCAUCCCUCAGGCAAUGAAAACUGACGCGGAGCUGGACGAGGACGAGCGUAUUGAGGCGAUCCCACCCGAUCGUAAGCUGAAGAAGCGUGACUUCACCUACCAUCCUUCGUUCGUUCGGAAGCAGCAGCAGCAGCAGCAAAUGUCUACCAUUCCGAUCCCCACGAUUGAUUCUCGUCUCAGCACCGGAAGUGUGGGCAGCAAAUCCAAACAACAAGAAGCGGAAGAAAAGCGCCUCAAAGCUGCCGAAGAGAAGCGCAAGCGCGAAGAUGAGCGUCGGCUGAAGGAGGAGGAAAAACGACGCAAAGACGCAGAGAAACGAGCGCACGACGAUGCGGAAAAGCGUCGCAAAGGAGAGGAAAAACAUCUCCGCGACGAGGAAGAGCGUCGACGCAGGGAGGAGGAGCGCAAACAUAAGGAGGAGGAAAAACAUUUCCGCGAGGAAGAAGAUCGUCGGCGUAAGGAAGAGGAACGCAAGCACAAAGAGGAGGAAAAACGUGCACGCGAAGACGAAAAGCGUCGCCUUGAGGAGGAAAAGCGAAAAGACAAGGAAGAGAAAAAGCGUCUCAAGGAUGAGAAGAAGAAAACUGCGGCAGCACUUAAAGCGGGUGCUUCGGGUGCUGCUGGAGCGACUACCAACGAGGAAUCGAAAUAUCCGGAGGAAGAAACGAUCGAUCUUGCCAGCCAUCUUGAUCACUACAGUGUGGCCGCAUCGAAGCAGAUGCCGCCACCAUCCCAGCGUAGCCUAUCUCUGGGACGUCCCCGCUCCGGUGGUACUCCUUACGGUAGCCAGGGUGCACUAGGAUACUCGGCUCGUGGACUAUCCAACAGUCACCAGAGUCUUGAUCGUAAUGGAUCGACCUCCUCCGUACCAAGACAGUCGAAGCUUCUUCAACGCUACGGUCCCAAGGCAGGAUCUCAGGAAGUGAUCAGUACUGGAGCUUCUGAGCCUUCGCGUGAGUUCCACAGAAGUCAGGGUAGCCUGGACUAUCGUAAAUCAAUGCGCCCUUCCCUGCUGGAUAAGUAUACUCCUCGUCCACUGAGCGCCUCGACAGCACCGGGAUCGGCAGCGGGUGCACCAGGGCAGCCAAGAUCUAUCAGCCAGCGUAGUCUGGAGGCUGGUGGCUCGAGGUUUGAGAGUUCUACGCUCUUGCAGCGCUACAAGACCAAAGGUGAAGCUUCUAGAACGGCUCCCGGAUACGAUCAGUACGAUCAUCGUGAUCACGAGUACGAGCCCAUCGGAGAACCGGCCGAUGCCAGCAAACCCAUCACCAAGGAUGGAUUGUUGGCCGUAUCCAGCAAGGCUCAGCAGCAACCAGACGGUCAGGACCGUAAGCAUUCGAACGCUUCGUUCCUUCGCGUUCCGGGCAACGAUGAGGGCGACACGAUCAGCAUGGAAGAGCUCCAGAAGUCGAUCGAGGAUCGCUACUUUAACCUGCCCACCGAUGCCACCGCAGCCCAGGAAGGUGCCGAAGGAACUGCGGCUGCAUCCGUCGCAUCGGAACCGCAGAGCGAGAAGACCAGCAAGAUGAAGGCAGCCAUGGCGAAGGCUCAGACCAGCGGCAAGCAGGCGAUGGCAAAGGCUCAGGAAAGUGGCAAACAAGCGAUGGCACGUGCUCAGGAAGGCGGUAAAACGCUGCAGAAGAAGUUUAUCCAGCAGACGGAUCGCUUUAAGAACAAGAUGUCCAACAUUAAACUGAAGAAGGACAAAGAUGCAGCUCCACUAGCAAGUCCGGAGAUUGUAACGACUCCCGAGUUGGAGAAGCUGGACUUUACGCUUGCCGUUCCUAAGGAUGAGGAACCGUCCACUCCAGAAGCUGUUGCAGAAGGAUCCUCCGUUCCAACGGAGGAAGCUUCCGGUGAUGCUGCAGAGGAUGAAGCGACACCCGCCAAGAGCGGCAACAAAUUCGGUAACAAGCUUAAGAACAUGCACAUGCCGAAGCUGCAGAAGCCUGACUUCAAGCGGCCGGAGUUUACAAAAAUCUCCAAACCAAAGAUGCCGAAGCUGAAGACACCCGACAUGCCUAAGUUCAAGCGCCCGGAGAUGCCCAAGUUCCUUACGGAGAAGCCCGACUUUAGCAAGAUGAAGUCGGACUUUGCGAAGAUAAAGCUGGCCCGCAGCAAGUCGAUGAAGGAACCGUCUCCAUCCGGUGCGACCAGUGCCGCCUCACCGUCGGACGCAUCGAUCAUGGGCGAUUCGGUAACAGCGCCCACCAAGGUGAACUACACCGACUUCAGUACGUAUCCACGCAUUUUCGAUAAGUUUAAGCGUCAAAAGUCAGUGCCAAGUGGUCAGGCUAGUGUGCGUGCCGGUACACCACCACCGCUAGAGUUUACGAAGGCAGCAAAGACAACGCGCCCCAAGGGAGCGUCUCUUGUAUCGCGUUGGACGUCCGAAAAGUCGGAAGAUACGGAGAGCAACCGUUUCCUGCAGUAUACGGGCAGUGAGCUGGAUGAGCGGGAAACGUCUGUCGAGCGACGCAUGCGCCAGGAACUCGAACGGGCAGAGUUCGAAGGUCCCGAGCUGGCUGUAACGGAAGAACAGAAGCAGCUCGAGGAGUAUGACAAAGAGAACCGUGAAAUUCAUCUGCUUUCGGCGGCUCGCCAUGAGGAGUUCCUCAAGCGUAAACCACCGAUGGAGCGCCAAGAGUCCGAUCUCGCUUCGGAAGAGGAGAAACAAUUCUGGGCCAGUUCGCUCGGUCAAAAGAUUCGACAGAACAUCGACAUGAACAGCAACGAUCUGGACUUCCUCGACGAGGAGGAACGUCUGCUGGUGGCUAAGGAAGAUGAAGCUAUCGAUCAGGAGGCACGCGAACAGGCUCGCUACCUGUUAGAGCUGAGCAAGCAACGCACCGAGAAGGAACUGGAACGCCGAUCGUCUACACCGUACACGAACCAAGAGUGUCAGUCGUCGGGUAGCUCGAGUGUGCGCCGUCGUAAGGGCGUGCUGGAGGAGAUCGACGACGAUGAGUUCUUCCUGCGGCAGAAGGGUAUCUCGAAGGACAACAUCCAGAUGGGCGAGUACAUCAGCUCCGCGAUCAAGGAGGGUCUAAGCCAGCCGAAGAACGCGCUGGCCGAUAUGGACCGGUACGACUACUACGACGAAGAACUCGAUCGUGAGCAGGAUGGUAUGCGAAGAUACUACCAACCAAGCUUCGAAUCGGAUGACGUUUCUAACCAGCAGAACUCGUACACGGAUGAGUAUCGUGGUGGUAAGGCAAGCGAUUUCUAUCGUACCUUCCCACCGGAUCGUCCUACUCGUAAGCCGAAAAAGGGUAACGAUCAAACCGUCCCGCAGGACGAUCAAGACUACGGUCUGGAGGAUGAAGAAGAAGAGGAAGAUCUUGGAUACUACGAUCGCCAGCGUACCAAGUAUGGUAGUGAACAGCCCCAGCUACUGCAGUCUGCGGCCGCCCGUUACAUGGACGAGGAAGAUGACCUAGCGGCUAUGGGUGGUUCUCUGCCAAGGCAGGCCAUGCUGGCCGGUACGGUUGUUCCGCCGACGCCACCAACGCGUCACCGCAAGAAGCGCUUCCGUGAUGUGACCCCAUCGGACGUAGGACCAUCAUCAUUCACUAACGGCGGAUUCGCCGCCGGCAAGUCCAUCUCCAAUAACUUCAUCUCCGGACCACCUCCCACGACUACGAUGGCUUACCGGGCGGAAGUACCGCUCGCUCGAGAGGAAAGCUUUGGUACGAUUCCGGAACCGAUACCACGACGAACUCGCUCACGGUCUCAGAUUUCCAAGGCACUGGACGAUGAUGAUCGUGUUUCGCGUGGCGCAGAAUCGCUGAUUGGCGGCAUUAUCGAUCGAUCCCCCAUCCCCGGUAGAGACUCGUAUUCUUACGAAAUUUCCGAAUCCAACGGAUAUGCCACCGUUCGCAAGGAAGCACCGCCACGUCCACCGGCACCGAUCCGACGCCGAAAGUCGACCAGAUCGCUCGAUGCACCACCACCGCGGCAGUUCAACACGCUACCGAACUACCAUCACUCAGUGUCGCCCGUCCGGCCACAGCGCAACUACAGCACCAUUAACCCGAACCGUCCACCACGCAGGAAGUCCGUCACUAGCUUGACCGGUGAGCAGCAACUGAAAUCGUCCAGUCUUAGCAAGGACGACGUGGCACAGUACGAGGACGUAAUCGCGCCGGCACCUCCGCUCGGACCCAAACCCCCGCUCAGCUCCGGUGACGUUGCGAGCAAGAUGAAGGAUCGUCCACUGCCACCUCCACCGCGUCCCACGCGCAAACCGCGCCGCCCGGACGGUAGCGACCAUCAGGAUCUGGAUGGCGGAGCCGAACGAAUGGUGCUCCCGAUGCACGACACCUCGAUCGAGGAGGUAGAGACGGCCACCCAAACCGAUCCCGUCUCGGAAGACUUUGGGCUGGACGCGGAAAUAGCGGCCGUAACGGAGCGUGCAGCACGGGCACACGAUGGCGAUCAGCUGGAGGGCGCACUGAACCGAUUCCGGGAAGGAAACGCCAAGGCACUGUCCGAGCGUCCCAAGUCAUCACGCUCCGGAAGCCGUCCGGAAACACCGGCUUCGAUCCUAAUCGAACGAAAGGUAUCGACACCUUCGCUAAAUCAUGAAUCUAUUGUGGAAGCAUCGCUGACCGUUCAACCACUGGAAGAGUUUGAUGAUGAUCAGUACAUCGCGGAGCUUGUGAAGAAGUACGUUUCGGAGGAACGCAAACCAGAACCCCGCAAGACCGACACAUUCGAGCGUCGGUUCCGCAAGAGCACAAACAGCUUAACGCGUGAGGAUGAGAUCCGCCCGGUGGAAGCGAGCAACACGCUCCGUACGCCAACGAUGCGAUCGUCCCGUACCUCCGUCGAUGGACGACUGUCUGCGACUACUCCGGAACCGCUGCGUAACGUAGAGAUCGCACCCAACGUGAUCGAAGAGAUUGUGGAGCGACUGCGUACGACUGAGCAACAGCACAUCGAUGAACUACACAAGCUGCACCAGCAACAGCUGGAAGAUCUUCGCCGUCAACACGACGAACAGAAGCGACUACAGGAACAGAAGCUCGAGGAACAGCAGCGCCAGCUGCUGGAACAACAGAACCAACAGUUGCUCCAAACACAACAGCUCAAGGAACAGAUCCUACAGCAGCAAGAACACCAGAAGAUGCUGCUGACACAGCAACAGAACCAACAGCAACAGUUGCUUGUGGCGCAACAGCAGCAGCAGCUGUUGAUGGAGCAGCAGGAGAAGGAGCGCGAGCUCCAGCGUGAAAAGGAACGCGAGCUGCUUAAAGAGCGUGAGCAGGAGCUGGAACGAGCACGAGAGCGCGAACGAGAGCUUCAUCUGGCGCGCGAACUCGAGCUGCAGCGUGCCCGAGAGAUUGAACAGCAGCGUGCACGCGAUCUCGAGCAGCAAAGGAUACGCGAGAUGGAACUGCAGAGGGCACGGGAACUCGAACACCAACGACUACGCGAGCUGGAGAUUCAGCGUGCGAUAGAAGCCGAACAGGCUCGCCAAAGAGAGGUUGAGCUGCAGCAGCAGCAGCAGCAGCAGCAGAAGGCUGCAGCAGUUCAGGCAGCUCCGAAGGAACCUAAAGAAGAGGGAGUCCCUCAGCAGGAGGUCGCCACUAAAGUGGAAGAACCGCUGACAACCGCAUCUCCGACCGCUAGUGCUCCAGUCCCAGCUUCGGUGGACGUUGUCGAUGGAGCCGCGGCUCUACCAACUCCAUCCACCCUACCAUCAGAUCAACCUCCAACUAGACCGCCGCUACCACCGAUGGCCGCCCCAUUCGUCUACCACCCGGACUAUCUAUCCUACCACGGUGUUGCACCGUCGUCGUCGUCGGCUGCUGCGGCUGCUGCUGCCGCCUCCUACCUCAUGCGUGGCGUUCCCUCGGAUGAGGAUCUCGGCAUGACUCCACUGGCACCACAGCGCCGCCGCCGUCAUCAUCGCUCGAAACGUGACUCAACCUCGGAGGAAGACUUCCAGCGGGAACACCGUCGCCAUCGGCACGGUACUCGCUCACCCGAACCACCCUCCAUCCCGACGCUCGGUGGACAGCUGGUGCGGGCGUGUGGGUCCUCCAUCCGGCAGACUGGUGACGAUCUGAUGGCGAUGCUGCGCGCCAGCAGCAAGGACGAAAACAAGCGCGAUCUGCAUAUUGCCAUCAUCAUACUGAUCGUGAUCGUGGCUGGGUUGAUGGCGCUCGGUAUGAGCGGUGAAAAGGCUGUCCAUCAUCAUCACUGGGAUUACUUUAGCCCACCGGGCCAUGGUAGCAGUGCGUAGAGCGUCUGCGCCUUAGUGUUGGGUGUGGAUUUUGGUUUUUCUAAUUUCUCUCAUUACGAUACGAUCGUUUUACCCUCCCCAUAUUAUGUCCUUCAACGCGAAAUAAUGUAUCAGAGGUAGAUCACUUAGCUGCACACCUGCACGCACGCAGCAACACAAGCACACACACAGCAACUUUUUAGCGAUUUUAGAGCGAUAUAGAAAUGGUAAUGCGGCCCUAAAGGUAUGCAAUUCGCAUCACAAAACUUUCAAAUUCACUUAGCACUUCUGUGAGAAACGGAAGCUCUCAACAAUGCGAUAUUUAGUCCAUUUUCUCAUGUGACGAUCGCAUCCGUUUACCUACUACGAUUACGAAGCUCGAUCAAAUGUUUUACUGUCAUUCUACACAAUACAAGAAUGCUGCAUUUUACACACAGUGACACACGCAUACCGUCUCACAAACACACACACACACACACACUACUUUUAGCACAUCCCGAUAGUGGUGCUUGGUUUAGUAGCUCAGAACAUCCAGUUUUCCUGUUUACUGUUUACAAAUAAUUGCUGCCAGAUUUUGACUUUGUCGUCUUCCAUCGUAACAUGGGAAGAUAGUUUUUGCUAUACCCGUUUGUUGCUUAUAUUCGCAUCACUUUUGAAGAAUUAGAAUUCUGUUGUUUCCCCUGUUUUCCCCCCUCGAACUAUCCGCUUUCUGUUGGUUCUUUAACUAUAAGUUACAACACAGCUAGUUUCUGUUUUUCCGUUUCAUUUUGUAACGUUUCGACGGAACACUUGCAAUGGUGUUCUCCCCCAAGAAACGAGGCGAGAGUUUGCGUCUAGUCAUAGUUUAGUGCUACCAUUAAUUUAAUGUUAAACACCACUCAAAAACGAAAAGAAACAAUGUGGACAAUCCCUGCAUCCGCUCAUACACACAGAGCCAUGUACACUCACUCAUACACGGUCUGAUAGAGAGAUGGAAAGGAAUUAAGCAAGCAAGCAAAAAAAAAAUCAAACGAAAUUCGAAAUAAAUCAUGAUGGCAUGAUUUUCUAGUGAGUUCUGCUCUGUUUUGCGAACGUUUUCGAAAAGUUAAUGCCCACUUAACUGGUUGAAUAUUUCGUUGUUUUCUGUUUUAAGUUUUAUGUUUCAGUGCGUCCCUCACCCCUUUUUUGUCUUCAAUUAUCUGUUAGUCUGGUACGAGGGAAGGAAGUAUGCAAAAAAAUCGAACAACACUCGCGGGUGGAUGUGUAAUUUUACAAGAAAAUAUAUAGUUGCAUUAUUAAUAGUUGA